UGCAGCAGAGCAGAGGAUCACAGGUGGAUGCAUUUGGGGGAUGAUGGGGAUUCAGAGGUUCUUCCUCACUCUCGCCAUAACACUCUCCAUACUCUUCGGAAAUGGAAAGCCCGUUCUCAGCUUCGACGGCGGUGGUAGCCACCAAAAACAGCAACCCACGCUGUGCCAAGAGCUCAUUAUCCCCUCCGGUUACCCCUGUUCCGAAUAUACGACUCAAACGAAGGACGGCUUCUUGUUAGGUCUUCAGCGCGUAUCUUCUUCUUCUCUUCGUCUUGGGAACCGUGGAGAACGAGGUCCUCCGGUUCUGCUUCUGCAUGGCUUAUUCAUGGCUGGUGACGCAUGGUUUCUAAACACUCCCGACCAAUCACUUGGCUUCAUACUUGCAGAUCAUGGUUUUGAUGUUUGGGUAGGAAAUGUGCGUGGGACACGUUGGAGCCAUGGGCAUAUAUCUUUGUCGGAGAAGAAUAAGAAAUUCUGGGAUUGGAGCUGGCAGGAAUUAGCCCUGUAUGAUGUUGCAGAAAUGAUCAAUUACAUCAAUUCAGUAACAAACUCAAAGAUAUUUGUAGUUGGGCAUUCGCAGGGGACAAUUAUAUCUUUUGCUGCCUUCACUCAACCGGAGAUAGUAGAAAAGGUUGAGGCAGCAGCUCUUCUAUCUCCAAUAUCAUACUUGGAUCAUAUCAGUGCACCUCUUGUACUUAGAAUGGUUAAAAUGCACGUUGAUAAGAUGAUUCUUUCCAUGGGUAUUCAUCAACUAAACUUCAAAAGCGAAUGGGGGGCCAAUCUCUUGGUUUCCUUAUGCGAUACCCGCCUAAGUUGCAAUAACAUGCUCUCAUCCAUAACAGGGAAGAAUUGUUGCUUCAACGAGUCACGUGUGGAGUUUUAUCUUGAACAAGAACCUCAUCCAUCAUCCACCAAAAACUUGAACCACCUUUUCCAGAUGAUCCGCAAGGGAACCUUUUCCAAAUAUGAUUAUGGACAGCUAAAAAACAUGAUAGAGUACGGCAAGUUCAAACCACCAAAGUUCGAACUUAGCCGUAUACCCAAAUCAUUGCCUCUGUGGAUGGCUUACGGUGGAAACGAUGCUUUAGCAGAUAUAGCUGAUUUCCAGCACACACUCAAGGAAUUGCGAUCCACACCGGAGGUGAUUUAUCUUGAAAACUACGGUCAUGUUGACUUCAUUUUAAGCUUGCAAGCAAAACAAGAUCUUUAUGACCCUAUGAUUAGUUUUUUCAAGUCAACCGGAAAAUUUACUAGCAUGUAAAGUUUGCUUCCUUCCGGCACGAUGGAUGUAAUACAAUAGUCUGUGGGUUCAUAAAGUAUUAGACUUUCUGUAUAGUCAAAAUGUUAAUAUUGUGUGGGUGGAGUCCACUCCACUCCACCCCACCUGUAUUCUCUGUGUAAAGAAUUUACAGAUCCAUGAAAAUUGGCAUUGCGUGGU